AACGGCUCCCGGAUUAUGUACGAUUCGUGUUGACGAGGUGGACCUGAGGAACCUAGAGGGAACCAGUAUCACCAUCUGAUCUGAUCCGACUCGUCUCAUCCGAGAUGCCUUCGGUUGCGGAGCGCCCGCGCUCUUCGCAAGAGGCCUUGCUCCGCCUCGAGAAGGGCACCGCCUCGCCCACUACGCAGCUGAAUGAAGCCGCCCAGAUUAUCGGACUGGAUCUGGCCCUGUGUGCAAGCCAUCCGGAGAUCAACCGCACCCCUCAUGUUCAGAACAACGCCGCGCCCAAGGAGGAAUGGGUCCUCCGAUGGCUCCUGAAGAAACUGCGCGCGGGCAAGAACUACCGCGUCGACUCCGGCUCUUUCCUCUUGCUGCGACAGCUGAUCGACCUGAUUCCGCCCAAGACGUUGGCCACGACCUUGAAGGAUCAGAAGUUUCUCGGGAUUCUCAACGAGGCGAUCGCCGACUUGGAGGAGGACAUAUUCGCUGGACUGAAGACCGGGACGACCGAACUGCUUCAUUCGGAUUCGGAAUCGAGCCAUACGUUGAGCGACUCGCCGCAUCGCAAUGGCGAUUACGAUCGGAAGGGAACAAAGAGAAAGAGGGCCGGUGAUGGCGCGACGGAUGCGAUGGAUAUUGACGAGCAGCCACGGACGCCGAUCUCGUGUUUUCUCGCGUUCAUUCGCGCGCUGGACUGUUUGUACAGUCUGGUCAUGCUGGCGACUCGGACACCGGAGGUGGAUGAGGUCGCGAGCUCACAUCUGAAGCAUGCGCUCAAGGGUGAGCCAGAAUCGGUUGCUAUGACGUUGCAGAAGUCGUUCCGACUAGCUGCUGUUGUUACAACACAGUUCUCCCAUGCGCGGAAGACUACAGAUCUACAGCAUCUGUUGUAUGUGUUCCCAGCGGUCUUGGAACUAUGGGAGUUGAGAUCCUCUCGUCGUGACGACUCCGAUAAGGGAUUGAGUAAUGAGUGUUUCGCGAAACACUGCUUCCAGAGUGCGCUAAGACUUCAAGUCUGUGUGCGAUCUAUUCGACUUGACACAGACGAAAGAGCCCAAGUGCUGCAUGGGAUGGAGCGCUUGAUCGCCCUUCAUGUGGUACUCCCUGCGCGUGGUGGCUUCUUUGAUCGAGGAGGCGCCGGUAUCGACUAUUCCGCCAGUGAACCAGACUGGAGCUGCGUUAAGCCUAUUUCCGAUGCCCUGAGGCCUAAUCUUUGCGGGCCUGAGUGUCCGUCAGAGACUAGCGAGGAUUCCAUUGUCCAGAAGAAAAUCUUGUGGAAGACCGCAGAGCUGCUGCCUGAAUUCUUCGACAUAGCUGUUCGCUCAGUACCUCGUGACACUUUCCGGCGACAGACCCACGAGGCUCCGUGGCUAGAGACCUUGUUCGUCGCUAUUGCUGAGCUGGCAUUCUCGAUUGUGAAGUCGGAAAGCACACCCACGUACCUCUCUGAAUUUGUUGGCAUCUUGGAGCACCUUUUCCGUGUGGUUCUUGUCCGCAACGUGCAGUUGUCACUCCAUACAUUGCUCACUCAUGCAUCAUACACUGGACUCCUGAAGGAGGGAUUGUCGCAGGUUGAAUGGAGUCUUACAUCGUUGCUUGUUGAACUCGGCGUUGACAUCUUUUUGCCCAACUCAGGUCUCAGCGACUCGACAAAGUUGCUGAAGGCUUUGUUGGAAAAGAUCUUUGCGCAUUGGCGCGGCGGCCUGUCCCAUAGUGACGGCAGUUAUGCGAUCAUCAAGAACGGCAUCGUGAUUCCUCUGCUGCGCGGGUUCGUGGCUGCCAGAGAUCUACCGACAUUUAUGCAGCAUUGGUACGAACAGCUGAUGGAUGUGGAAGAGGCGCGAUCAGCAGACAAGAACCUGAGCUCAUUCAUUGUAUGGGAAGACGACGAUGUGUGUAAUGCUUAUGGUGAAAUAACUCGAAACCCCCUUACCCACACCCAUGUCGCUGCACAGCUGCAUGCUGCUGCGGCGGAGAUUAAGUCUGAGGGUAGCAAGAUUUCCGACACCCCCGGUGCCUAUGCGCAGUUUGUGAUAUUGGAGUCUGGUUUCAGAAAGCGCGACCUGAGCCUCGAGGAUAAGAAUGAAGAUUUGAGCUCUGUAAUUCAGACCGCAGCAUCCACGCUGUCUUCGAAAAAGACACUGCACUGGCGAUGGCGGUUGUGGCGGCUGGCUCGUAACCUCCUCGAAAACAAUGUUCAGUCCACUGACAAUGAUCUGGGCACUACGAUUCUGAACCUGGUGGACACCGCUGCCUCAACCAUUAAGCGUCACCACAAGGACCGACUGCAAAAGCCUUGGGCUCCUCUGGAGUGCUUCGAGGCUUAUCAGUUCACUCUUGCUGCUAUCAAGGGGUCACAAAAUAGCGAGAAAUUCAGCUCUCUUACGAGCGAAAUCACAGAGCUGAUUAAGUCAAUCUCGGGCAAGGAUGCUCUCAAGUCGAUUACGUCUCCCUGGAAUGGGCGUAUAGAGACCUUGAAAGCGCCGGAGACACUCGCCUUGGCUUAUUUCCUAACCCUCGUCAGAAGUCCUGAUACCUGGACCCGGGUUGAAUCCGAGACCAGACGCUCUUUGUUCGGUCAUAUUCUGUCUUUGGCAACGUCCCAGUACAAGUCAGCACCAUCGGCUUUGGAGACCGUUAGCCCCGACCUUAGAUUCCUUCAAGCUUGGGCUAGUGUUGUUUGCCACGAGUAUCUACUCAACGCACCGGCCCUCGCCGCCGAUUUGAUCGCUGUGCUUUCCGGACGAGCCAAGGAAGACACUGAAAGCCGGAAGCUCUAUGUUGAGAGUCUGCAGAGGAUCCCUGCGCCGCUUGUCACGCGCCGCCAGAGAGGGCUUCUGCUGGAUCUGCUACAGGAGGUUAUCGUACAGGAAGACAGCACGCCCGAGGUUAUUAUGGGGAUGCUAUCAUUGAUGGCCAGGUUAGCCGAUAUGCCUAAGUCUCCAGCGGCCAUCACCAGCAAUUGGGAGCCAAUCUGGACGGUUGCCAAAGCAGUCACUCUCCAAGGGAGUGAAGUUGAUCUUCAGAUUAUGAAAGCUUUCAGAAAUUUACAUCGCUCGGUCAUAGCCAAGCUGCUCGUUCUGUCAGAGGAAGAUCGCCAGAAGGCGUUUAAGAAGAUGUAUCGGAAGGUCACCGCGAAGGCGUCCAAAUUGCAAUCUCUCGAUCGUGAUUCCAUGGACUGUUUCUAUCUGAGGAUCUCCCUGUCUCAACUCUGGCACCAGCGUAAGCAGCUUGCCGGUGUCUUUGACGAGGCAGAGCUUGCUACUUGCCGACAGAAGAUGUUCGAGCUCGUGGUUGCGGAGGUCAAAUCGGUCAAAGACCAGUACAAGAAGCAGCAAUUGGAGGAGACGAUUGCUCUGAUUAAGAUUCUGGAUGCGCUGGAGGACUUCGAGGAUCUUGCCACCGAUCAUAGCGAGGUUGAGAAGUUCUUGUCGAAGAUUGAAAGCUAUGUGGAAAAGUCGGUCGAUUCAGGACCCUCGCUGAGAAGACUCAUCCGACGCCGUGUCUUGGCCGGACGGAGCUCUGAGAAGAGUAUCACACAGCCCGUGAUACAGUGUGCAGAGGCCCUUCCGGUGCAAAACAUGUAUAGCGAAGAACAGCGACUAUUUAUUCGAUCUACCAGUGCAAGGUUCCAGUCCAUGUCGGUGGACGAGUUGACUCGGGUUAUCCAAGAUGUGCGGGAGUUAGGAUUUGUCGGAGAGAAUGCGGAAUAUCAUCUACUCAUUGCUGGUCUGGCCAUCGCCGCGGUGCCUGCUAUUGAGGACAAGGAAAGCGAUGUUGCCAAAGAGCUGUCGUUGAUCUGCACCGCCGUGACUGAAUCGCUUCCCCGCAACAAAUCGAUCGAGCAGUUCACUCUUGCAACCGAGUGUCUGGACAUCCUUCUCCGCAGCCACACCCGCUGCAUCACGCAGUGGAAUGUCGACAACCUGCUGGGAUGCAUUGCAGUCAGCACUUCCAAGUCCGGGCCCAGCAUCGAUCCCGAAUUCUCCGGAACGGUCUAUAUCCGUCUCUGUCGGUUGAUGGGCACCCUGCUGGGUCUUCACCGUCGGAAGAUCGGAGGACGCUUCCACCUCAUCCUGCCUGCCAUCCAACGACUACUGGACUGCUUGUUUGCUCGCUCCAAGAAGCGCAGUCGAUCCAUGAUCUACGAGAAGAAGACCGGACAGCAACCCUACUGGCUAGCCCCACUGCAGGCCUCGCACGCGGUCCACUUCACCCGCCUCCUCACCUCUCUCUGCGACCCGACCGUGUCUGCCGUUUCGCGACCGACCCAGUCGGCAGGUGGUCACGAGGGUCUGACGGACCAGACGAAGAAAGCCAAGCGUAUUGCGGGACAGUACCUCCAGUACCUCAUCAUGGAGUACACGCAGAGCUCCCUGCGCGGAACUCUGGCGCCCGAGGUCAAGGCGGCGGUCCUCCCUGGUCUGUACGCGGUCUUGGACGUGAUGUCCCGCGACACGAUGCGCGCCAUGAAUGCGGGGCUGGACGUGUCCGGACGGGCGGUGUUCAAGGCGUUGUACGAUGAUUAUGUGAAGUUUGGCAAGUGGAAUAAGGGUUAGGUGGUGGUCAUACCUG